AUGUCCUACCCAUACGCGCACGACCCCUACGCGAACGGCCACUACCCCCCGCAGAACCUCUACUCGCAGCAGCCGUACGCCCAACCUCCCUCUCCCGCCGCCGAGUACCCUCCCUACAGCAGCAACGACUACAUCUCCCCUGAGCGCGACGGAGGGGGCGUACCGGGUGGACGGCAGACGUAUCCCCCGCAACAGGCGGGAGAUGGAGAGUGGGAGGACAAGUAUGGCGCAGCAGCGUACGAAAAGGCGGCGCCUGUGACCCGGGGGAGUAUCGCAGCCCAGCUCGCCGCCGAAGGCCAAAUCCCGAAGAAAGAGGGCCUGCGGAUGUUCCGCAAGGACGAGCACGCCGGCGCAUUGACUCGAGGCGGACGCGCGCGGUGUUGCGGACGAGUCCUGUGCUGCUCCCUCAUCCUCAUCAUCUUGAUCUUGGUCGGAAUCGUCGCGGCGUUCUUCCUCUGGGUCCGACCGCCCGACGUCAACUUCCAGGGCAUCGAAGGCCCGUCGUCAGGCAGUGAAGUCUCGGUCGCGAGCGGCGGGUUCAACCUCAACUUCCGUCUCAAGAUCAACGUCAUCAAUCCGAACUUCUUCGGCGCCGACUUCAACAGGAUCGAUGCGACGGCGUACUAUCCUACGAAGCCCACCUCCGCCAUCGGUGGCGGCUCACUCACGAAUGUGCAGAUUAAGAAGAACUCGAAUUCAACCGUCCACUUCCCCUUCUCGAUCAACUACACGACCUCGUACGACUCGGACUUGAGCGUCCUCAAGGACAUUGCGAACAAGUGUGGGUUCCUUGGGACGCAGGCGUCGCAGCUUACGGUCAAUUACAAGGUCAAGACGCGCGUCAAGGUCAUUGCUGUCACGAUCUUGCCGAGCUUCUCGUCGUCGGCCUCGUUCGACUGCCCGUUGAACGAAUCCGACAUCUCCGGCUUCCUCGGCGGCUCGCUCUCGUCCCUGCUAAACGGGAGCGGCCUCUCUCGGCGCGCCACAUCACCCUUCUCAUCGCGAGAAGACGAAGAACGCGCGGUCCGACUGGCAACGAGGCAUGCGCUGAGGAAGCUGGUUGAGCGCGCGGCGGAACAGCAGGUUGAGGAGGUUGGACAGGUGUUUGAUGCGGCGAGGAGGUUCAGGGUUGGGACGGUGCGGCCUGCGUGA